AUUAAAAAAAAAACAUCAUACAAAACAGCUGAAUCAUCCGCUACGUCUUGGAUUCUUAAAUUUUGUUAGCGGAAUAAUGUUUUCAAUUUUGUUUUUCAAUGCCUGUUACAUAACAGUACACAAUAAACAAACCAUUGCAAUAGCUCCCGUACAAAACUCAUCCACAAACCAAUUACUGUGAAAUGCGAUUUAUUUUGCUCGGCAGCGUUUUGAGACGAAUCACCGAUAGUGGUCGCUGUCCGGCCCGGUCCAUCCGUCAAAUUAACACGAUCACAACGGCUAGUGCCAUGGAAAAGCAGCUGGAAAUCGGUCCCUAUCGAAUCAACUACGUCGAAGCCGGUUCCGGUGAGAAGGGAUUAAUUUUAAUGCCGGGUGCUUUGGGCACAGCCUGGACGGAUUUCAAGCCACAGAUCGAGCAGUUCCCGAGCCUGCUGCCGAAUUACACCAUAAUAGCGUGGGAUCCACCCGGUUACGGUAAAUCACGUCCACCGGAGAGGCAGUUCGGGUUGGAUUUUUUCGCGCGCGAUGCCGAUGCCGCUUGCAGUUUAAUGGAACAACUCGGUUUCCAAAAAUUUUCGGUCGUCGGCUGGAGUGACGGUGGAAUUACCGGAUUAAUAAUGGCUGGGUGUAAACCCGAGCAAAUCGAGAAACUCGUGGUUUGGGGUUCCAAUUCGUACAUCAGCCCGACGGAAGCCAAAAUCUACGAAAAUAUUCGUGACGUUAGCAAAUGGUCCGCUCGUAUGCGGGAGCCGAUGGAGGCGAUUUACGGCAAAGAAGGCUUCCAAAGUCUCUGGUCCGCCUGGGUGGACGCAAUGUUGGAAAUGUAUCGGACGCGCGGUGGAGAUAUUUGUCAAGCAAUACUGGAUAGGGUUCAAGCGCCUACAUUCAUUCUUCACGGGGCACAGGAUCCAAUGGUUAUUCCUCAGCACGUACCGCAUCUGAUGAAUACCCUUACGGAUACCGAAAUGCAUGUGUUCAUCGACGGGAAGCACAACAUUCACUUAAAGUAUUCCGAGGAGUUUAACAAGCGGGUGACUGAUUUCAUCAAAAAGUGAUGCUAACAUUUCAAUUGUUUACAUGUCAAGGAAAAGUUUUUUUUUUUCUAUCGUUUCCUUCUUAA